UUCCCGACCUCAUCUCAAAAUAUCACUUCCUCUCCACCUCUAUCCUUACAUCCGUUCGCUUUUCAAAAGCCUUGUCAAAACCAGCAGCAUGAAGGCGGCCCUUUUCGUACUUGCUUCUCUCUGUUCCGGUGGCGCACUUGGUAGUGCACUGCCCUCGGACAAAGCCAUUCUCCUCCUGCACGAUGGUACAUCAAAGACCGUCGAUAAGAGAGACCUGGGCGCCCACUUACCUAGAGUCUCUCUCUCGCCCCCCACUACCGAUUCUCUCCCGAAGUUCAUUAACACCGGAGAUGAACAUUUGGCUCCUUCACGCCGUUUGAACAAGCGCGAUGGUGCCCAGUUUAUCAUUCCCCUUCCUGACGAAGAAUUCCUCGGCUGGGACAUCUCGAUGUCCACCAUAGUCCACGCCAACGAGGCCGAAGCCACCGUCGCUAUGGCACAAGGCCAGAUGGUCGCCAACAGUAUCACUGUUGGGACCUCGUUCCAGGCAACCAUUGAGAAAUUCCUUCAAGUCGGCUACAGUAUCGAUGUUGGGCAUACCGAGACUGCAACUCUCACCGGCACGGUUACCAUGACAAUUCCGAAGAACAGAUGGGGCGCUAUCGUGAGCAACCCAUUGACCCUUCGCAAAAAGGGAUAUGUCUUCAACGGACAGCCCGGAAAUGGGCAGUAUGAGUACUACCAGGCGGACUCUUUCACACAUGAUACCUAUUCCUACGGCCAGAACUCCUUGUCCUGGGUGAAGGGCGUUGUUACCACCUGUUUGGGUGACUCCUAUCCUCUCAAGCGCUGUGUCGGGGAUGGGGAGCUGAAAUAAACCCUUUUGACCGCACGUGAAGGAAGCCUAGGUAGGCCAGUACGAAAGUGUCAUGCAUGCUUGAUCUGUUGGCGUGACAAGUCCAUGGUUUCUGUGUUUUCCGUAGUGUGGAUUUGGCUCAUCGCAAGAUAUUGGUUCUGUUUAGUGUUGUGUUGUGGGUCUAGAUUAUUCAAGGGUCAUUCUGCAAGCAGAUGCUAAUGGAACAUAGCAAGCGGCAAACCCAGAGUUUGUUA